AUGCAGUCGGAUGAAAAUUCAGAUUUCAUGGAUGAACAAGUAACACAGAAAAGUCAAAAUUAUGAAGAAGAAGACAAAUGUCAUUGUACUAAAGGAUGUUCAACACAUUCUUGUUCUUGUUUUAAAUUUGGUAGUGGAUGUAAUUCAUCAUGUGGAUGUAGUACAUCUUGUCAAAAUAUGUUCAAUCAUCUUGAUUAUUUCUUCGGUGAAAAUACAAAAUGUACUGCUAAUCCUUGUUUUUCUAAAUGGCUUGACAAAAAUAUUACAAGUACCAAUGGAUUUGAAAUGAUUGAUCGUGAUAAAUUACGUCGACGUAUUAUGAAAUGUUUUAAAUAUUCCGGUAUAUCAGAAGAUGAUGAAGAUUUCGAAGAAUGGAUGAAAGAAUGGAAAACAAUUAAAGAAGAUAAAAAAUUAGUUCAUAUGCAACAAUUAUUUCAAAUGCUUCUAGCGAAUGAUACAACAGAAUAUUAUUAUUCAUUUUGUGAAAAUAAUAUUUAUGAAAAUGAUUGUCAUUGGCAUUGUAGAACAUGUCAAAAAUGUAUGAGUUGGAGAGAAUGGCAUUGUACACAAUGUAAUAAAUGUACUUAUGGUGCCAGUUUGCCAUGUGAAAGGUGUGGAAAAUAUUGA